UAUCGGCUGGCUGGUUGUGUGGUUCCUGAAGGGGGGAAGGUCUUGUUUUGUUUUUCCGCGAAAGCACUAAAUAACCUUCUUUUGAUGGCUCAGCAGUUUCAGGUGCUGAGAUGUUGUUCCUGUAAUAUCUUCCAAGUGCAGCAGAUUAAAAAAAGCAAAAAAUGGAACUGCAAAAUGUGUGAUGAAAAGCAGUCAAUUCUAAGGGUUUUUGGCCAGGGCUCUGGAGCUGAUUGCAGGCAUCAUGUACAGAAGCUAAACUUGCUGCAAGGUGAAUGGGAUCAGACACCUGUUAACAAACUUAGGUGUAAAGAAGAAUCAGUACGGAUAGGUGAUGAGAACGUGGCUGUUAACAUCAAAGAAAAAUUAGGCUGGCAGGUAAGACUUUAUGAUUUAGAAAGAGCAUCUUUAAAAAUAAAAGUUCAAAGAAUAGACAAUCAUGAGCUGUUAAAUCAAGAUCAGAGACACUUAGUCAUGGUUAGUGCAAAAAGCUGUGGAGAUGGUAUAUGUGACAGUGUAAUUCCUGUGCCUAAAGACCAUAUGCUACAAAGAAAUAAUCAACAGCCAGAAUCAAGAUUAACUGGACUUUCAAAAUGGGAGAAAUUCCUUUUAUCUGACAAGAGUUGUGAUACUGGUGCCACCACUAACGUGACAGGUGGAAGGCAGAGGACAUCAGUCAAAACACUUGUUGCAGGUACAAGUGAUGAAAGAGCAGCCGCUUCUAAUGCUGGGUGUGAUAACUGGCAUCUUGAACCACAGCAGAACGCAGUCACCUCCUUUCACAGAGCAAAAGAGGUCUCCAACUCUGAUCACCUUGCAAUAGCCAGAAUACUUGGGAAAAGCAGCAAAUGCUCUGCAGCUUUGGCUACUUGUCAAGAUAAGGCACAACCUGCAGAAUUUACCACUUCCACAAGGUCUCUUGCUACUGCUAAGUCAAGCAACCUUUAUGGAAGUCUUUUUUCCACAGGGGAGGAUUUUGAUGAUGAUAUUUAAGGCUCUACAAUGAGGUUUGCUGA